UUGUUGGUGAACGAGCAAACGAGGGAAUGGAGUGAAGGGAGGGAUAUUGAAAUAUUCGCGACGACAGCGGGACAGACCGUGGAAUGAGGGAUUUCUGAGGAAAGAAAUCAAUAAUCAAGAGUGAUUUGAUCCCACAGAAGUAUUAGAGUUAAUCAACGCGACUAUAAUGGAGAUUAACUGAGGGAAAGAGAUGGAAAUAAGUCAAACUUGAAGUAGGAGUUCUGGAUAUGUUUGAAAGGGUUGCGGGGUGAUUCGAUCUGGCGUGAGGUUUUUUGUAUCCAGUACCAAGAUAGCAGUGGCUUAAUGUCUCAGAAGACUAUCUUACCUCCGGAAGGGCCUGCAGGGCCCGGGAGUGAACUACCACAAGAGAAUAGCCUCCUUCUUCCAAACGCACACGAUGCAUGUGACAGUCCUUGUGAAUCACCAGCCCCGGAGGAAGCAACAGAAAGCCCUGCUCCCAUGGAGCAGACUCCGGAGGGGCGGGGCCACGCGGCCGGGGGAAAUUCCACCAACGGUGACCUCAUUAGAACUCAACCUCAGCGGCUGCCUCAGCCAGCCACAUCUGCACAGGAGCCCGGUGAGGGGGAAGCGGGCCAGCUCCAAAAUGGCCCCCACACAGGUCUGAGUAAUGGCGGUGGAAUUCACCACGGGGUCACGCACUCCAGGGCAGAGCCCAGAAAGCACCCGUCUCCCGUUUCCCACAAGAUGCAGCGCAAGCUCCAGUCCAGCCUGUCGGUGCACAGCGACAGCAGCAGGAGGAGCAAGGGCAGCUCCAGCAGCUCCCACAAGCCUGGCUCCUCUCCGGAAGACUGCUGCGUGCACUGCAUCCUGGCCUGCCUGUUCUGCGAGUUCCUCACGCUCUGCAACAUGGUGGUGGCCCAGGCGUCCUGCGGCACCUGCACCUCGGAGUCCUGCUGCUGCUGCUGCGCCGACGACCUGGGCGACGACUGCAACUGCCCCUGCGACAUGGACUGCGGCAUCAUGGACGCCUGCUGCGAGUCGUCCGACUGCCUGGAGAUCUGCAUGGAGUGCUGCGGGAUCUGCUUCCCCACAUAGGGGGGCCCCGCCCGCCCACGCCCCGCCCCACCCCCCCCUGCGGGACUGCUGCACUCUGCUCCGGCGCAAGCUGCCCGCGCUCCACCAACAGCUUUACUGCCCCCCCCCAGGUGG